AUGCAGUCAGCGAUAACAACAGCCUUUGUUGCGUUCCAUCUAACAUGUUUUGUCUGUGAAGGAAAAUCAUCACGAUUUACACGUCUUUUAACAAAAAACCACGAGUCUGAUAUAUCAAUGUCGACCAACAAUAUCAAGAAGGUGAUGUCAAACGUGCCAUCAAUGCCGAAGUGUGCCAUCCUCUGUCACAGGUCGGACUGUGAGGCUUUUGAUUUUGACUCGGACAAAUUGACCUGUAGAUUUCUGUCUCAUACCUCCAUUUCCAACAAAUCGUUCGUUUUAUAUACUGAUGUAGAAUCAUGUCACAGUCUUCCUCCGGGACAUCCCUCUGGAGUUUACAGGGUAAAGAUCAGUGAACAGGUCAGGAAAAUGGUAUUCUGUAACAUGGACUCUGUUGGUGGAGGAUGGACGGUUCUGCAGAACCGAUUUGAUGGGAGUCAGGACUUUAAUUUGUACUGGGAUGACUACAGAGACGGUUUUGGGAAACCACAUGGAGAAUAUUGGAUUGGAAACGAGAACAUGCACUUGUUGACGGUUUCACAAAGGUAUAAACUCCGUAUAGAGUUAACUCAGGCGUCUGGUGAUCAGGGAUAUGCAGAAUACAAUAGUUUCACUAUUUUAUCCGAGGCCGAUUUUUACAGUUUGAAAAUAUCUGAGUUUAGCGGAAAUAUCCCCAAUUCUUUUCAACACCACAACAAUUUCAAAUUUUCAACACGAGACAAAGAUAAUGAUGAUCGACUUGGAAACAAGCGGUGUUCAAGUAAAUUUAAAGGUGGGUGGUGGUUCUCUGCGUGUUAUCAAGUCUAUUUGAACGGUAUAUAUGGUGUAGGAUACAUUACAAACUCAAUAAACUGGAAGAAUUUCCCAACAACUGACAGAAUCGGUUUAAAGGCUUCACGUAUGAUGAUCCGCCCGGUGUGA